AUGCUUCCGCCCUUUGCGUCGCCCUCCGCUCGCGCGCUCAACGGGGAGGGUCUGCGCUGCUCCAAUAGCUGCGGUCUGUCGUUGCUCGCGGCCGCACGACCUGCUUCGCUCGUGCCUGCGCGUGCCGCCCCAGUUUCCGCUGCGGGUACCGCUUCCGCUCGCGUGCGCGCAACGGCUGGACAGGGCAGCAAACCCGGGGGGCAUUCGGAAGGGCGAAAAGUAUCCCAUGCGGAGGGGCGCUGGGCGGAAGGCUUCGCGACGGAGCAGCGACGUGGGGAGGGGGAGCGUUGGGCGGCGGAAACACAGUCGCAGAGACAGGGGCAGUGGCGCAGAACCGCGGGGAGAAAGGCGGGAAGUAGGGGUUCGCGGCAGCGAGUUGCUGGGUACGCUGAUGAGGUGGCAGCUGAGGAUAGGCUACGGCAGGAGCCAGGCGGCGCCGUCGAUUGGCUGAUGCGACCUUCCAAUGGCGAUGCGGGAGUGCAGUCGGCGCGCAACGGAGAGUGGGACACGGGGAGGGGGCGGGGUAACGGGGCUGCGGAUUGGGAUGAGGACGGCGAGGAGCAGGGCGCGCGGGGGAACGCGGAGGCUGGGGGGGAGAAAGGGGCGGAGCAGGAAGGGGGAGGGCGGAGGGCGUGGAGGGGUGGAUGGGGGACGCAGCAGCUGCAGCUGCAGCCCCUCUCCUCCCCAUCCUCCCCCCUCGCACCCAUCCCCUCACCCUCUCCCCUUGCCCCUGUCCCUCUCCGCCAGCCUUCCCCCUCCCCCGCCUCCUCCCCGCGCCCCCUGCCCUCAGUGCUCCCCCUGCCCCCCUCGGCGCUGGACUCGCUCGUCCCCUUGGCUGGUUCCGGCUCCCAGGUGGUAGCCUUCAUGGGUACGCCCCUAGACUGGCUGCAGCGCUUUGUUCUGUCAAUGGGCGGCGCGGUGCUGUGCUACAAUGUGAAUGUCUUCGCCACCAUCGCUGCUGCCAUGUACUUCCUCUGGUGGCCCCUCUGGCGCGCUGCUGCCUGCAACUCCGCCCUCCGCAUCCGAUACAAGCAUGCAGGCGUGUGGCAGGCGUGCCUCCUGGACGUGCAGGUGAAGCAGAGGGGGCCGCUUGCCAGCUGGCGGCUGCUGAUUGGCGAUGACAGCGGCACGUGCAUAGAGAUGCUGGUGCCCAUCCCCUCGCCGCCUCCCCCGCUGCGCCCUAACGACCCGGUGGUGCUGCUGGUUCUUUCAGACAGCCCCUCGCUGCUGCGCUUCCGCGCCGUCAGGGAGGCAUGGGUGCCGCGCCUCAGGUGCUGGCUGGCGGAGGAGGGGGAAGAGCGCGUGGAGCGGCGCGUUCUGGAGGGCUGGUGA